CCUCUCUCUCCCAUCCGAUGGAUCCCUCGGGCCUCUUCGACCACCUCGCACCCGCCAACGGCGGCGGCAGCGAGCCGGCCAGCGGUGCCUCGUCGCCCGGCAAGGCCGAGCGUAAGGCUGCCCGCGCCGCCAAGAAGGCCGCAAAGCGCGCCCGCGCCCAGGCCGGCGCCUCGGACGAGGCCGACUCGGACGCGCCGCAGGCCUCGACGUCGGCCGCACCCGCCGCCGCCGCCGCCAGCAGCAGCGAGGCGGCGCCGUCGCGCAAGCGCUCGCGCCUCGGCGCCAACCCCAUCACGCAGGAGACGGUGCCCGUGCUCGCCGACGAGUUCACCGCCUCGGCCUCGCGCGCCCUUGCGCCUUCUGAGCCUGCGGGCGGCGCCGGCCAGACGGUUGGCUCGGCACCUGGUGUCGACGAUGAGGCAGCGCGGGCAGCAGCAUCAGAAGUGGCAGGCGGCGUGAUCGGGCAGUCUGUCUCGGGGCCGUCGUCGGGCGGUGCGGCAGGCGCCAUGGAGAUCCGGCACUCGGUGCGGCAUCAGGUUGCGCUCCCGCCGGGCUACCCGUACGUGCCGCUCUCGCACCACGUGCCGCCAGAGAAGCCGGCGCGCAAGUGGCCCUUCACUCUCGACCCAUUCCAGCGCACCGCCAUCAGCAGCAUCGAGCGCGGCGAGAGCGUGCUUGUCUCGGCGCACACCAGUGCCGGCAAGACGGUCGUGGCCGAGUACGCCAUUGCGCAGUGCCUGCGUGACGGGCAGCGUGUGGUGUACACAAGUCCGAUCAAGGCCCUCUCAAAUCAAAAGUACCGCGAGCUGAGCGCUGACUUUGGCGAUGUCGGCCUCAUGACGGGCGACGUGACGAUCAACCCGAGCGCGAGCUGUCUGGUGAUGACGACGGAGAUUCUCCGGUCCAUGUUGUACCGAGGCUCGGAGAUCAUGCGCGAGGUCGCGUGGGUCGUGUUCGACGAGAUCCACUACAUGCGCGACAAGGAACGAGGCGUCGUGUGGGAAGAGACGAUCAUCCUGCUGCCGCGCAAGGUGCACUACGUGUUCCUCUCAGCGACGAUUCCCAACGCGAUGCAGUUUGCCUCGUGGAUCGCCCACACGCACCAGCAGCCGUGCCACGUCGUGUACACCGACUUCCGGCCGACGCCGCUGCAGCACUACCUCUUUCCAGCCGGCGGCGACGGCAUCCAUCUCGUCGUCGACGAGAGCGGCGCGUUCCGCGAGGACAACUUCCAGGCGGCCAUGGGCGCGCUGUCGUCGUCGCGCGGCGAAGACUCGGGCUCCGCCGACGCGGGCAAGGGGCGCAAGGGCAAUGCCACGCGCAAGGGCGGCGCGGCCAAGGGCCCGACGGACAUCUACAAGAUCGUGCGCAUGAUCAUGCUCAAGAACUACAACCCCGUCAUCGUCUUUGCCUUUUCGAAGCGCGAGUGCGAGGGCCUGGCGCUGCAGAUGGCCAAGCUCGAGUUCAACACCGACGACGAGAAGACGAUGGUCUCGACAGUGUUCAACAACGCCAUCUCGGCGCUCUCGGAGGAGGACCGGCAGCUGCCGCAGAUCGAGCACCUGCUGCCGCUGCUGCGCCGCGGCAUCGGUAUCCACCACGGCGGCCUGCUGCCCAUCCUCAAGGAGGUGAUUGAGAUCCUGUUCCAGGAGGGCCUCAUCAAGGUGCUCUUCGCCACCGAGACGUUCUCCAUCGGCCUCAACAUGCCCGCCAAGACGGUCGUCUUCACGGCGGUGCGCAAGUGGGACGGCAAGGAGUUCCGCAACCUGUCGAGUGGCGAGUUCAUCCAGAUGAGCGGACGCGCGGGUCGGCGAGGCCUCGACGACCGCGGCAUCGUCAUCAUGAUGUUCGACGAGAAGCUCGAGCCGCCGGACGCCAAGAACAUGGUCAAGGGCGAGGCCGACCGGCUGAACAGCGCCUUCCACCUCGGCUACAACAUGGUGCUGAACCUGAUGCGCGUCGAGGGCAUCUCGCCCGAGUACAUGCUCGAGCGCUGCUUCUUCCAGUUCCAGAGCGCCGCCUCGGUGCCGGAGCUCGAGGGCCGCCUCAAGAUGGCGCAGAAGGAGCUCGACGCCGCCGUCGUGCCCGACGAGGAGCGCGUGACGGAGUACUUCACGCUGCGCGCCCAGAUCGAGGAGCUGGAGCGCGACGUGCGCGAGGUCACGACGCACCCGAGCUACGCGCUGCAGUUCCUGCAGCCCGGCCGCCUGGCGCACGUGCGGCACGAGGAGCUCGACUUUGGCUACGGCGUCAUUGUGCGGUAUCAGAAGCGCCUGCCGGGCAAGGGCGCGCCGACCCCGGAGGCCGAGCGGCCGCAGACACAGUGGAUCCUCGACGUGCUGCUCGACUGCGAGGCUGGCUCCGUUGCGCCGUCCGUCAAGGACGUCGCGCGCGCCGGCACGAGCUCGGCACCGCUGGGCAUCCGGCCAUGCCCGCCGGGCGAGAAGGGCGAGCUGCUCGUCGUGCCUGUGCUGCUUUCCACGAUCCACGCGCUCUCGGGCGUGCGCCUCUACAUGCCGCCCGACGUGCGCGGCCGCGAGGCGCGGGAUCAGGUGCGCCGCAACCUGCUCGAGGUGCGCCGUCGCUUUCCCGGCGCGCCGGGCGGCAAGGCCAUCCCGGUGCUCGACCCGAUCAAGGACAUGAAGAUCACCGACGAGAGCUUCGCACACCUGAUCGCCAAGAUUGCUGAGCUGCGCACGCGGAUGGAGGCGUCGGCCAUCCACACGUCGAGCAAGCAGGCCGAGCUGGAGACGGCCUACACGCACAAGAAGACGCAGCAAGCCUCCGUCGCGGCGCUUGAGCGCGAGCUCAACGCCGCACACAGCGUGCUGCAGCUCGACGAGCUCAAGUGCCGCAAGCGCGUGCUGCGCCGCCUCGGCUUUACGUCUGACGACGACGUGGUGCAGAAGAAGGGCCGCGUGGCGUGCGAGAUCUCGACGGGCGACGAGCUGCUGCUCACGGAGAUGAUCUUCAACAACGUCUUCAACGAGCUGGGCCCGGAGCAGUGCGCGGCGCUGCUCUCGUGCUUUGUCUUCGACGAGAAGUCGGCGCAAGAGAUUCGGCUCAAGGAAGACCUGGCCGCGCCGCUGCGCGUCAUGCAGGAGACGGCCCGGCGCAUCGCCAAGGUCUCGCAGGAGAGCCGUCUGCCCGUCAACGAGGACGAGUACGUGGCCGGCUUCAAGGUCGAGCUCAUGGACGCCGUCAUGCAGUGGUGCCGCGGCGCCAAGUUCGCCGAGAUCUGCAAGCUUACGGACGUGUUCGAGGGCAGCGUCAUUCGCGUCUUCCGGCGUCUGCAGGAGCUGCUGCGCCAGAUGGUGCAGGCGAGCAAGGCGAUCGGCAACGACGAGCUGGCGGACAAGUUCGAGGCGAGCCUCAAGGUGCUCGAGCGCGAGGGCUCCAUCAUCUUCAGCCCCUCUCUGUAUCUGUAAUUAUAGAGCCCCGUCCGCCUCA